ACUCUGUCCAGCGGCUCAUACAGUGCAGUAGUCUGCUUAGAUAGUGGAAGCCCCAUCCAUCCUCUCGUGUUUAGAAGCGGGGUGACUGCGAUCACACGGACUACUCGUUUAUUGACAACCAGAGAAGAUCCUGUAUUCACACCCAAACGAACGUAACGUUCUGCGCACUGCUGAAACAGCGCUGGUGUAAUUUGGACACUUUAUUUUUUAUUUUUUUCUCACAGCGGAUCUAUGAGGACGCAGACAGGUUUUCUACCACUUCCAGACUUCAGGAACAGGGAGUGACCCCCUGCCUGCCUCAGACUCCCUCAUGCCGGGCAUCAGCUCCACCGCGCCCCGCUAUGACUACUGGGACAUGGACCAUCUGGACCACUACCAGCACUACUUCUAUGAUGACCAUGACCCAGAUGAGGAUUUCUUCAAGUCCACUGCUCCCAGUGAGGACAUAUGGAAGAAAUUUGAACUGGUACCUACCCCACCCAUGUCCCCCAUAAGGGCAGUGGAGGGGUCGGCUAAGGUUGGAAUGCUUUACCCUUCUCUGGGCGACAAACUGGAAUGGGUCUCUCAGUUCUUAGGGCAGGAUGACGAGCAGCAGGACACGCCUUGCAGAGUUGCCACCUCCACAGAGACUUUUGGGAACCUGAGCUCCAUCAUCAUCCAGGACUGUAUGUGGAGUGGGUUUUCUGCUGGACAGCAUCUGGAGAGGGUGGUGGCGGGAGAGCGGCAGGCCAAACUGUCCGGAGCACCUGUUGUGGUGCCAUCUCCUGUGAGUAAAGGCGGUCAGUGCGGGGCUGGGGACACACCCUCACUCAACGGUCUGGCUGCGGACUGCGUUGACCCAGGGGCCGUGUUCACUUUUCCCCUGGGUGGAGUCAGUAAGAAGCAAGUGUCAUCUGGAUCCGAGUCACAUUCAGAAUCUUCAGAUGAUGAAAAUGACAAAGAAGAGGAUGAAGAGGAGAUUGACGUGGUGACAGUGGAACACAAGCAGCAGCGAAAACCUCGUCGUCUGGUGAACAGCCGAAAGCCUGUGACUAUAACAGUGCGAGCAGACCCCCUGGAUCCUGGCAUGAAGCGCUUUCACAUCUCGAUUCAUCAGCAGCAGCACAACUAUGCUGCCCCCUCCCCGGACUCUGUGCCCCCUGCUCCUGAGCCCCCCAGGAAGAGGGUCCGACAAGAGAGUGGUGCUUAUGGAGCUCAGAACUGUCAGCAGCAGCCUCUACCCGGCCAUACCCCCUUGAAUUUGGACAGUAGAAGGUGUCAUGUGACCUCAGGCACAGUGAGGUCGGAAUCUCCUGAUUUCAGCGCCUCUUUCCCUACCUCCUCCACCUCUCCUUCUUCUCCUUCGUCCUCCUCCCAGACCUCACCUGUAAAGCACCUCCCCCCCUCCCAUCUUUCUAGCCCCCAGUCAUCAGAUUGUGAGGACACGGACAAACGCAAGGCGCACAACUUCCUGGAGCGCAAGCGCCGCAAUGACCUGCGCUCUCGUUUCCUCUCUCUGCGAGAUGAGAUCCCGGGGUUAGCCGACUGCCCCAAAACCCCCAAAGUGGCCAUCCUGACACGGGCCACAGAGUACCUCCAGCAGCUGCAUGCCAGUGAGAAGCAGAAGACUGCAGAAAGGAAGCAGCUGAAGGCCAAGAGGCUCCAACUCCUGCACCGACUGGCCCAGCUGAAGCGCUCCUGAACUGCACACACGCACACUUCAGACAGAGACACUAAUGUUCACUUUGGGUUGAUCACGGUGGAAUGGUGCGGGUGGAUUGUUUUUGAUUUUGUGGUUUGCACAUUAGCUUCUGAGUGAUUGACAAGGCCAUAAUAAGUCAGGUAAGCAAGGGACUGAAAGUGUGGGUGGAUCAUAUGUCCACGGUUCCCAAUAAAGCUUUGCAAAAUUAAAGUUCCCUAACUACAAAUGGUUUAAAAAGAUUUUGUGUAACUUACAGCAAAAACUUUGCUACAGGUUUGCUGUUUCAGUACUGCAUGGUCUGAUCCAAUGUCUGAGUUUUCAAAUGCCAAUUUUGUUCCUAUGUUUUAUAUUCAUUACAUUACAUACAUUAAAAUUUUAUUGCAACAGUAGGUUCCAGUGGGUAUCAACUAAGUAAUAUUUAGACACUAUGAUUGUACUAAACAUCUUCUCAUACCUCUAGAUAUAAUUUAUCCCUACUCUCAUGAUUGGUUGGGAUUCGAUGGGCCUGAAGAUUCCCUUAAAAAUGUAGAUCCUGGUGAUAGUACUUGGAUCUUGUGGUAAAAAAAUUACCUUUCCCUUCUCUUUGUUAGUAUUUUCAUUGUUUCUUUGUCAAUGGCUUAUCUAUUUAACAUUCAAGGCAAGUGACAUCAUAGAAGAACUUAUUGAAACUUCAUUCAUUGUUACAAGAAUGUGACAAUAAUCUCUGCACCUUUAGGAAAAUGGUUGUGCCUGUCUGUUCUGUUGAAACUGAAGUGUAUUGUUUUUGCAUGUGGGAUGUCCUCAGAGCAGCACCAUGCCUGCAGAAACGGCUUGUUUGUAGCACCAUUCUGAUAUUUAUUGCCAUGCAGGCAAAUCCUAUUUCAUGCAUAAGUAAACAUUUUCUUUUGUGCCAUGGAAAUCAGCCAAAAAUAUUAAUUGGCUUAUUAAACAAAACUAAAUUUGAAAGUUCUGUAUUUCACAAUAUUCAUCUAAAUGAACCCUUAGCCUAUAUUGUUAGUAUAUUAUUUUGAUCUUGCUUUAUUUUUGUGUUAGCAUUAGAAGCAUUUCAUAUAUCUAAAGUAUCCAAUUGGAUGUAUCUGUAUAUAGUCCUGUUAUUGUACAGCCCUUUUUUGCCCAAAGCAGAGCUGUCAAAACUCACCUAUAGUUUGUGGCUGGCCUCUGUGUCCUCCUGAACCAGGGCCAAGCUUGCUGGCAUUUCAAAGAAAACUCAAAAGCUUAUAUAUUUUUGUUAAUAAAAGAAAGAUGAAAAAGUAAAAUAAAACACUCGAUGAACAUUGAUCACACUAGCCACUUUGUCACAUUCUUUUGCAAAGCCUACUUUUGUUUCUUUCUGUAAGCUAACUAAAAAUUUUAUACUAUAUAUUUUCCUACAGAGCUAUGUUCUGACCGUGUGAGCUAACGACUGUUUUGUUCUCGUAGCUGGCAGGGAUGUAUGUGGUUUUAUGCUGGAAAAUUAGCCAACAUUGUUUGGCCCUCUAUGUGUGAAGAAUCCAAUCCCUUUAGCUGUAGCACUUACGGGUAGGGUGCAGGGAAAGAGGAUCUAGCGAUUAAACUUUUGGCCAAGUGUAGCCCUAGUGACCUUUACAACUGCUCUAUUGUGUUCAAGCCAUGUAACAUACAACACUGUAGCCCUCAGACUAGUACUGUACCAAUGAUGGCAGAGUAGGCCACUGCUCAUUCUCAGGAAACCCCAGGUAGCUUGUGAGGACAGAUCUAGAUGAAAUCACUUACAUAGAGGGCCACUGCGAUGCCAGAGUACAUUCUGCUAAUUAACGGCACAAACCAUCAUCAGCCCGAUUUGUUAAUAUUAUUUUGUUGUUUUUUUAUAUUAAAGUGAACCCUCAGCAAUGGUUCAUUGUGUGUUUUGUAUAUUUUUGACUUGUAAUGGUCUGCUCUUGGCUCUGUCAUUGUAGCAGUGAACAUUUGCUUACUUUAAGUAAUCUAGUGAUGUUUGGAGCCUUGUUUCAGCACUUUGUUUUUCUGUACCUCAUUGCCUCUAUAUAAAGAGUUGGAAAAUUAAUAAAAUGUAAUUGUUUGACAUCA